CCCGCGCGCCCGGCCCGGCCCCGGCCGCAGUCCGCAGGGCGCCGCGCAGGUGAGGGCGGCUCCGGCCCGGGGCAGCUGCAGCCGCCCUGCCCGGAGGAGCCUCCGCGAGGCGGGCAUCGGAGGCCGCGCGGGCCGCUGCGGGCAGGAGCGGCGGAGAACAGAUUCAACGCUUCAGUGUAGUCAGCCUUGGAAAUUCUAAAUCAUGGAGGCCAGCCAGGAGGCGUCGGUGUUCUUGGUGAAGGUCUUGGAAGAGCUGGACAGCAAGCAAAAUACCGUCUCCUACCAGGACCUGUGCAAAUCCCUGUGCGCCCGCUUUGACCUGUCGCAGCUUGCCAGACUGAGAAGCGUGCUCUUCUACACAGCUUGUCUCGAUCCCAAUUUUCCAGCCACGUUAUUCAAGGACAAGAUGAAGUGCUCUGUGAGUAACCAGCAAUCAAAGAAGAUCAUGGUGGCAGCAGACAUUGUAACGAUGUUCAACCUGAUCCGAAUGAGCGGGGCUGCCGCCAAGGAGAAGCCACCCGCGGGCCGGCAGGAGGUGCGCCAGAAGGAGGCACCCUUUGAAUCGUGCAGCUCAGACAUGGAGAUCUGCGGCGCAGUCGAGUGUGAGCCCCUGAACUGUGAGCCGGGCGGGCGGCCUUUCAGCCGGGGCUACCCCACCAGGCAGUCGCCCAAGUGCCGGAAGGUGGACUGCAAGGACUGCCCGCAGUUUGUACCUGCGUCUGAGCCCAACUUCCUGUUGGGCGUCAGCAAGGAGAUGACACACCGAGCGGCCUCCCUGGACAGGCUGCAGGCCCUGGCCCCCUACUCCGCGGCCAGCCCUCAGCCCUGUGAGAUGCAGAGAACCUACUUCCCCACGAACAUUGAGACCGAGUCCAUCUCCGACCAGGACUCCCUGCCCAUCAGCCAGGGCAUGAAGGAGACCUUCAUUUCCAGCGAGGGGCCGUUCGUGGUCCAGUCCUGUGUCCAGAAAAGGAACAUCUUCAAAGAGGAUUUUCACAAUCUGAUGGCGGUGUCCCCCGGUUUGGUUGGCCCUGCUAACAAGGCUGAGCGUGGGGAACCCCAGACCCAGAAGGAGUCCCACAAAGCACCCUUCUUCAAUCACAGCUUUGAGAUGCCCUACAACAGCCAGUACCUGCAUGCCGCGUAUUCCCCGGUUUCUGACAAAAGGCGGGCAAAGCACGAAAGCUUGGACGACCUUCAAGCCUCUACCUAUUUUGGACCCACUCCAGUGAUGGGGACCCAGGAAGCCAGGCGCUGUCCAGGCAGGCCAAGCAAGCAGACCCCCUGGCCAGCCAAAAGCUGGAGUCUAAACACCGAAGAAGUCCCUGACUUCGAACGGUCUUUUUUCAACAGAAAUCCCUCUGAGGAGAAGCUAUGCUAUCCAAGUUCCGGCAGCCGGAGCCCCAGUUUCCCAGCGCCAGACCGGUGCCCCACUUACCUAGCACCAAAGGAUCAACAGCCCAUCCUCCCCAUUGGCUACACGGCAAAACCAAACGGGCUCAAGUGUAAAGAGAUCUCGUCCCCUGUUGACCUGGAGAAGCACGAACCAGUCAAGAAGCUUAAAGACAAGAGCACCGGCUGCACUGGCGGGCAGCUCAGCUCAGACACCAGCAGCGUGGGCACCCAGACCGAGCAGCACGCGCUGGAGCCCCAGAAGCGCAAAGACCUGUGUGCCUCGGGGCAGGGCAGGUACAGUGACAGCCGCGUCCUGAAGCAGUCAGAUGGCGACUCCGAAAUCGCCAGCGACGACAUCAGUGACAUUUUCCGCUUUCUUGACGACAUGAGUCUCAGUGGCUCGACGGGGGUGGUGCAGUCAUCCUGCUACAACAGCACAGGGUCCUUGUCGCAGCUUCACAAGUCAGACUGUGACAGUUCCCCAGAGCACAGCCCGACCAAGAUCGCCAGCGGGCUCCCUAGUGGCAAGGGAGAAAAGGGCAGCCGGCGAGAAUGUGGCCACCACUCAGAAGAGGAACUGAAGACCAGCGUAUGCAAACUGGUGCUCAGGAUCGGCGAGAUCGAACGGAAGCUGGAGUCCCUGUCAGGGGUCCGCGAGGAGAUCUCCCAGGUCCUGGGCAAACUGCAUAGACUGGAUCAGAAGAUGCAGCAGCCUGAGAAGGCACGGGUGCCCAUCGACGUGAACUCCUUGACGAGCGAGGCCGUGUCUGAUGAGAGCGCCUCUCCCCGGGUGUUCCGGGCACACGGCAGCUCGCGCAGGCCCAAGCCCGAGAGUGCCAGCGAGUGGUGCCGCUCCGAUGCCAGCGGCAGCAACAGCGAGAGCCUUCGCGCCAAGGCCUUGAAGAGAAGCCUCUUCCCCAGACCGUCCUCCAGGUCCCUGACGGAGGAGAACAGCGCCACGGAGUCCAAGAUCGCCAGCAUCUCCAACUCGCCCCGGGACUGGCGCACCAUCACCUACACCAGCCGCGGGGCCCUCGGCGAGGAGGAGGUCAAAGACAGGGGCCCGGGAGACAGCAAGGACUGGCAUCGGAAACCGAAAGAGGUGGACAGGCCGUACGACAUCCCCCCUCAACACCGGCUGCCCAGGCAGUGCAAAGACAGCUUCCUGGUGGAGCAGGUGUUCAGCCCGCAGCCCAACCCCACCUCCCUCAAGGCCCACGUGAAGAGCAGCCCCCUGUACACGGACAUGCGGCUGACCGAGCUGGCCGAGGUAAAGCGGGGCCAGCCCUCCUGGACCGUCGAGGAGUACGCACGAAACGCGGGGGACAAGGGCAAGCUGACGGCCCUGGACCUGCAGACGCAAGAAUCUUUAAACCCAAACAACUUAGAAUAUUGGAUGGAAGAUAUUUAUACCCCCGGCUACGACUCGUUACUGAAGCGUAAAGAGGCCGAGUUCAGACGGGCCAAGGUCUGCAAGAUCGCGGCCCUGGUCGCCGCGGCCGCCUGCACCGUCGUCCUUGUCGUGGUCGUGCCCAUCUGCACACUGAGGUCCUGAGCACCCGGCUCUGGCCUGUGACACCUCCCGCGUGGUGGGAGGUCGCGCAGCAGAGGCCGAGGUGGGAGGCUCCCCUGCAGAUGCUGACGAGGCCUUUAGGAAGUUUGCCUUUUAGAGAGAAAUCCACCUACCCAUUAGCUUUCACUUAAUUACACUCGGAUGCAUUUUUAGAAGUGCAGUAUCUUUUCCUACCAAGAGAAUGUAAUGGACUGCCAGUCUAUACAAAUUGAAUUCCAAGCCAAAAAAAAAAAAAAGGCAGGAAAAUUAACUGGAUUCUUUCCAUUCUGAUGAAGUUUCAUGGUGGGCAUGUGUUACACAGAAGGCCCUUGAUACACACUUCGGGGGAAGCUGAGGGAAGAAGGGGGUGAGUCCGUUUUCCCAGAUGCUCUUAGGCCACGCAGGCGCAGGCACAGGCUACGUGUCCGUGAAGGACGUCACUUCUCUGCUUUCAUCAAGGGCUACCGACUCUGCACCUUGCCCUUCUGUCGUCGUCACCAUCUUCCCGGCAGGUCUUCAUGGAAGCAUCUGGGGCCUUCUCCCUCGUGCCCGGGUAGGAGGUUGCUAAACCGCCAAGUCAGGCACGGCGGGAGGUGUGCUCUCUGCUUAACAGGCCAUGCGGCUCAGGACAGGAGACCGUCCUGUCCCACCCCAGGGUGCAGGAGAGCUGCGUGGGGAGCCGUGGCCACCCCGGAGGACGCCCCUUCCUGCUCUGGUGUGCAGCUCCCGUCUGUGAGCUUGUCCCCUGGUGGUUCCAGAUGCUGGCUUCUCACACUUGAGUGGAUGGGCUUGGAACUUGUCCUGUGCCUUGAGGGGUAGAGACAACGGCUAAACCUUGACAUUCUAACUAAACCUCUGUGAUGGUAUCCAUGCACCACUAACGUCAGCCAUGUGCUACGGCUUUAAAAAGAUUUUGAAAGCUUGUCAGUUGUGCGAUGAGGGCACUGAGGUAUCCUCAACGACCUGAACACCUGCUCUUGAGUUUUGAAUACUUUUCAGCAGUGCAAAAAAUAUUACCUAUUUAACUAUCUAUCUAUCUAUCUAUCUAUCUAUCUAUCUAUCUAUCUAUCUAUCUAUCUAUCUAUCUAUCUAUCUAUCUAUCUAUCUAUCUAUCUAUCUAAAUACCUAAUUUCAGUUUAGUGUCUUCUCUGUUAAGUAACUUAACAGCAAGCUUCCUCCAGGGUGCAGGAAGCCGUUGUAGCUUUGUGAUCUCAUCAGAAUCUGAGCUUGGCUUCCACCUGUCGUGUGGCGCUUUGACCUGAUUGGACAGACAGACUCCUUCUCAGCAUUUGAUUCUAGUGUCUUGUUACAGGUAAAAGAGAAAGGGACAGAAGCUGGCUACCCUGAUUCUUCUGGGAACAAGGUGGGAUGUAAAUAAAUGUUGGUCAUUGGAAUAAUCGCUCCGGACGAUAUGAUAAAUUCCUGACAGAUGACUGGGUGGCACCUCCAGUUUUAAAGCAGGAGGACCCGGCAUCCAGGCUGAAAAUUCCCGCUAAUGCCCAGCUUGCUGCGUCUAAUUCUGUUGUUCACGGGAAGGAGUCGGAACAGCUCGUGCUGCUCACCCGCGAGGGGUGGAUGCCAUCUGCAGCGAACCUUUAUUUGUAAGAGGUCGUCAUGUUAUUUCUGUUCUCAUGUUUAUGAAUGACUUUUCCACUAGGUGACUGAAACUUAAGCCUUAGUAUGGAAAACUGAAGAUUUAUAAUUGAAAAUGAAAAAAAAUAUAUAUAUACAUAUAACUGUCUAUUGUCAGAAUUUUAGUGUUUUGGUGCUCUUUUGGGUUGGGUACGUUCAGUAAGGUGGUUUCUUUCAUCCCAAAGGGGACCCUGGGUCAGUGCCCUGGGGAGCCGGGAGUUACCAUCCCAACUCCUCCCAGCGCGUGUGGCUCUGUCACACACCCCAGCUACCCCGCUCCCCCAGCACAGAUCCCGCCACCAGAGCGUCAGAGAAAUGUGCUCCCCAAGCUCUUGCUCUGGAUUGGCAGAGAAGCGGGGAGGCACUGCCCGGGAUAAGGAAAACCUUGUCAGGUCCCAGCUUUGCCAGGUAGGAUCGUGCAGGACGACCAAGCCAUUCUUGCCACUGCCCUGGGGCGGGUCUGUUUAGGCCACGUGCCCAGGUACCUAGGGAGUGUGUGACGGUAAGCGCCACCCAACACGUGGAAGCGAAGGGACACUGUAGAAUUUUCUACCCUUUUCACAUCUGGGGAGGAACUCAGAGAAAUUUAGUUUUGCCCUAAGUCCAGUGUAGCUUUAACAUCCCACUCGGCAUCACUGCCGCGUGAUGGAGGCCGCUGGGCUGGUAAGACCCCCAGGAAACCAGGCGCUGAUGGCCCACAGGGCCAGGUGGCCUCCCCCGGAAUGGGGCUACCCGUGGCCCGAGCGCUCUGAGCCUGGGGCCGAGUUGUGGACCUUUGCCCCAGUUGCGGCUGGUGGAUGCCGGGGGUCCCCAGACGGGGAGAAGGCGAAAUUCACUGCUGGAUCCCUUCUCUCCACUGACUCCCAGCUCACCGCAGUGACCCUUCCCUGGACCCCAGACUUGUUCCCCCACCCCCCACCGGCAGGGUGGGGGCAAGACCAGAGCUGGCUGGGAAGGAGGCACCUACCCGUCCCUCUGAAAUCCGCCUCUCACCGCCUGCUGGUAUGGGCUCCCGGCGGGGGCCUCUGCUGUGCUGGGCCCCACCUUCCACCGCACGCUCCCACAAUUUCACAUCAAGUAUGAUUUCUUUCCACUAUCAAAAUUCGCUUCAUUUCUUUUGCACUAAAAAAUGAGCAAUCAGAUGUUAUUAUUUUGAAAUCAGAUAUCCUUAGCCAAAGAUUAUAUUCAGAACCAUUUCAUUCUCUCUCUGCCUGAAUUUGCUUUGAAGACAGCCUUGCAGAAAAGCAAAACAAUUUCCCAGCUCACAGUCUUCAGAUAUUUUACACUAAUUUGCCCCCGUCUCUAAGUUGCAGACACACCAUUAUCACCCACUACUAAACCGAUACAAAUUGUUACCAUUUUGGGGCAUGUGGCUAUGUGAUUAGUACCUACAAGGCUGGUUUAAUGUCUAUGCUCACAGUCACUGUGUGCGGGGGCCUAAGUCCCAAACCCUUACUGGAAUCAAGGCAGUGUUGUUUGUGUUUACAGCUGAUCAAUAUGAGCAAUGGCACCUUAUUUUUUUUUUUUUAAUAAAAAAAAAUUUCUGCCAGCCAGUGAACGGUUCUGUUAAGUGGUAUAAAAAUUUGUGAAUGUUGAAAUUCAACAUGCUUCAUAUUAUAAACCAACCUACAAGAAUACUGUGGUCAAGUGUGUGAACACCAAAUCAGCAUACACCGUACAUUGUACUGUGGAAAUUUGUAUUUAAAAGCAAACGUAAUUGUUGGUGUAACUGAGGAAAAGGGUAUUAGAUAUUUAUUAAUCAUGUAACAACGAGACACGCAACAAACCUCCUUAUUUAUGCCUUAUGAAUAAAGGGUGUGAAGUGGAAGGUGAAAUUUCAUGCACAAGACUAAGAAAUGGGUGUCCUCGAAGGCAGGGCUCGUCUUCUCUGUGGUCGGUACAGCCCUCAGCACACUCUUGGUGCUUGAUCAAUGUUAUAUACUACCAAUAACGAAGCACAUUUUUAGACCUUUUUCCAAAUGGCUUGUGUAAAAUUUGGUUAAUGUACAAUGGUUGGUUUGAAGCUAUCCUGUAAAAGCUGCCUCUGCAAAUAUAAUCGAAAAUAAACUGAAAAAUUAUA